AAUUAAUACAUUUUCUCUAAAAAGACGGGCGUAACAAGCUUUUUAAUCUAGGGCUACACAUUUAUAUCACCAGAAAAACAACUCACAUCAUGGACGAAUCAAUAGCAAUGGAGAUCGCCCAAGAAGAAGCUUUGCAGGCCAGCUUCGCUCAACAAGCUUCGCAACCCUUGGUGCAGCCAGAAGUGCCGGUUCCUGACACGGUCCCGAUGACCCCGAGCACCUUCGGCCCAGCCCACGGCGGGAAGCACGAGGAAUUCUCGGUGGAACUCGUGCUGGACCGAAGGAUCAAGAACGGGAAAGUGGAAUACUUGUUGAAGUGGAGAGGUUAUUCGCAUGACGAUAACACUUGGGAGCCAGAAGACAACUUGGACUGCCCAGAGCUCAUAUCAGCCUACGAGGAAGCCAGAAAGAAAGAUGAGGAGGCAGCAGCAGCAUCAGCAGAGACCGCACCAACCGAGGUGGCCCCAGAGGUGCCUGCGUCAGCACCGGCAGCGGAACCUGAGCCUGAAGUACCAUCCGUGAGGAAGAGGGGCAGAAGAAGUGAGAAGAAGAAAGAAAAGAAGAUUGAUGAAAUAGAGAAACCCAGAGGCCUGGCCCGUGGUCUACUCCCAGAGACAAUCCUGGCCGGGCAACUGUUCCACGGCACACUCUACUUCUUGGUUCAAUGGCACGGCUGCCUAGAGUUCGACGUGGUGCUCGGCCACGACCUCGGCGAGGCGUUCCCGGACUUCGUGAUCGCAUACUACGAGAAGUGCGCGCCGUUCAGCGUGAGGCACGCCAUCCGGAACAUACCCAGACUUGCGCCGGAGCUGCCCCCACUACCGACGCCGGAAGAGCCGCCUCAGAUGGAGAUAGAGCUGCCCCCCAUCAGCGACGCCCCGGCCGAGGCGCCCGUGGAGGUGGAGCCGAUACCGCAGGAAGUGCCACAAAUGCAAUCAGAAAUCCAGAUUGAACUGGAACCUCAAACUUCAUUGCCAGAAAUAACAGGACCGGGCUUGGAUGUACCAGUGAUUUAAAGUGAUGAUAAAAGCAGUGUAACUAUACAAAAUUAUAUUUAAGAUUUAAUUAAACUCUCUUAGGUAGUAACGAAAAACUUCUAUUAUGGUACUAAUGUUGUGAUUUGUAAGAAAACAUGACGUUGAAAGAGAUGAUAAUUAAUUAUGAAUAAAAUAGUGAUGAGUGAUUUUCAAUUUUGAAAUAUCUUUAAUUGACUACCUACUUGUUAAGUGAGUUAUAACAUAAGACUUAUAGAGGUUUUGUGAUGAUAAUGUUGGCAAUAUUU